AUGGCACAUACCUGGAUGUUUUUCAACACUCUUUUAUUCUCUCUUCUUAUCAUGUGCACAGACCAAGAUACUAAUUGUUCAAAAUCCCUUAAGCCAACGGUUGUAAGACUUAAUGAAUACUUGUUGGAUGGGUACAAGAAGGGAAUGAGACCAGUAAAUGACUGGAGGAAUGCUACAGUCGUGCACUUAGACUUGGCCAUAUAUGCCAUCCUGGGUGUGAAUGAAAAGGACCAGCUAUUAAGAAGUUACAUGUGGCUUAAACAGACUUGGGUGGAUGAAUUUCUCCAAUGGGAUCCAAAGGAUUUCGACAACAUAACUCAAGUUUCUAUUCCUGCCCAGCUUAUCUGGACUCCAGACAUAAUUGUUUUAGAGUUUGUGGAAUCUACAAGAUCUCCAGAAGCUCCUUAUGUCUAUUUGAAAAAUAAUGGAAGAGUCUUGAACAUGAAACCCCUUCUUAUAACAACUGCCUGCAGCCUUAAUAUUUACUCCUUCCCAUACGAUACACAAAAUUGUUCAGUCACCUUCACUAGUUGGAUUCACACUGCUCUGGACAUUAUUGUAAAACCAAUGGAAAAACAAUAUCGAAUUAAAGAUUUCAAAAGUACCUACUUAAAUGAUGGAGAAUGGGAACUUGUCAGCUCGGCUUCAGAGUUCACAGAGCUUCACAGUGAUGAAAUUUACUUUGGAGAACUACAGUAUAUGAUAGUUAUCCGCAGAAAACCACUCUUCUACUCUAUGACACUGAUCAUACCUAGUAUAUUUCUCAUGGUUAUGGAUAUUUCUGGAUUCUACCUGCCCCCAGAGAGUGGAGAGAGGAUAUCAUUCAAGAUCACCCUUCUUCUCGGUUACUCUGUCUUUCUUAUAGUUAUUUCAGAUACUUUACCUGGAGUUGGAACACCAUUAUUAGGUGUUUACUACACAAUUUGCAUGGGACUGUUGGUUGUCAGCCUCAUACAAAGUAUCUUCAUAGUCCGGACAGUGCAUCAGCAGAAUAUCCAUCUACAAAUUCCAGGAUGGGUAAAGACUUUGAUCCUGAAAAAGAUGCCGGUCUUACUCUGUAUGAAGGGUCUAGUGCAGAAUUAUAUCUCAAAAUGUUCUCAGCAGAUAGAAAAUGAUACUGCUGAGGAUCUCCCUAAUUGUAAAACCAACGAUUUAGAGGGAAGCAAGGAAACAUCAGUGGAAGUGUCACCUACAAAGGAAAAUGAGAAGUUACUCUCCAGUAUCCUAAAGGAGAUUGCUUCAAUCAGACAGCAUGUGAAGAAAACAUAUGAUGACAAUGUAGCUAAUGAAUGGCUGCUGGUUGGAUACAUUCUUGACAUGUUCCUCUUCCGGACCUACAUAUGUGUAGUCACGUUGUUUGCUUUAACCAUGCUAAUCAUGUGGUUCCGAUGAUUCCAUUCAUAUCCAGUUUAAUUAUAAUAUUAAUAUAUUCCUAUAUUCAUAAACAGCGGGUGAAAUAAGAAUUGAAGCAUUUUUCUCACUUAAUACUGUUCGUUUGAGACAAUGGUACCUCCUAAUUCCAGGUCUUCUUGAAGCUCUCCACAGGUGCCCUUGGCUCUUGGACAACUGAUUAUUCUUUUCACUCCUCUGUCAGAAAUCUUGCAAGGCCGAGGUAAAUUUAUAAUGAAAUCAUUCUUUCCUCUUCCAGAUUAUGGCCCCAAAUGUGCUCACUGGAACAUUCAGAAGGUUAGAAAUGUGCUUGUAACCAAUGCCAUUGUUACGUUAUGCAACAACCAGGUUGUGAAGGUCUUCAGAUAGCUUUUUGCUUUUACCCAUCAUGAGAUGUGUCUUUGGGCACCUUGGCAAUGAGACCUUUUUGUAGGCCAUUAGUUGGGAUUGAAACAGCUGAUAUUAUUUUGAACUGACAAAGGGCUGGAUUGCUUUUUAUUUACUAAUAGAUUUCAGCUGUUGUUUUGGCUUUCCAUGCCUUUUUCCCUGUGUCAAUGCAGCUUAAUACACGUAGCUUAAUUUCUGAAUUUAUUUGUUUGAGUGUCUUCGUAUGGAUGGAUUACUUGGGUUGUUACCAG